CGGGCGCGGUGGCCGCUGCCGGGACGUCGUCCCCGCGUGCUCGCGCCUCCACGUGUGUGUUGGUGCCGCUGCCGCGAUGGGAAGGAAGCCUGCGUCCGUCGAGCUAGCGGAACGCUCCUAAGGGUUCCCACGAUGAAGUUGGCAAAGCCGUGUCCCGAGCAGGUUUCCUGCAGUUAAGAGCGUUAAGGGCACUAUGCACGAAGAGGAGCAGUUCGUGAACAUUGAUCUGAAUGAUGACAACAUUUGCAGCGUUUGUAAACUGGGAACAGACAAAGAAACGCUCUCCUUCUGCCACGUUUGUUUUGAGCUAAACAUUGAGGGAGUACCAAAAUCUAAUCUCUUGCACACCAAAUCAUUAAGGGGACAUAAAGACUGCUUUGAAAAAUACCAUUUGAUUGCAAACCAGGAUUGUCCUCGAGCUAAACUUUCAAAAAGUACUUACGAAGAAGUUAAAACCAUUUUGAGUAAGAAGAUAAACUGGAUUGUACAGUAUGCACAAAAUAAGGAUCUGGAUUCAGAUUCUGAAUGUUCUAAAAAUCCCCAGCAUCACUUGUUAAAUUUCAGGCAUAAGCCAGAUAAAAAAUUACUCCCACAGUUUGACUCUCAAGUACCAAAGUAUUCUGCAAAGUGGAUAGAUGGAAGUACAGGCGGCCUCUCAAAAUGUUCACAAAGAAUAUUGGAGCAGAGGGGAAAUACAGACUUUGGGCUUGCUGUGCUGCAAGAUUCAGGUGCCGCUUUAUGCCACAAUAGUGUAUUGUGGCCCCAUAGUCACAACCAGGCACAGAAAAAGGAAGAGCUGAUCUCUAAUCCAGAGGCUAAUGUCCAGGCCCAGCAUCCACAUUACAGCAGAGAAGAAUUGAACUCCAUGACUCUUGGUGAGGUAAAGCAACUGAAAGCAAAGCUCCGACAGGAAAUACAGGAAGUUUUUGAAGAGUUAACACACCAAGUACAAGAAAAAGAUUCUUUGGCCUCAGAGCUCCAUGUCCGCCACAUUGCCAUUGAACAGCUUCUCAAGAACUAUUCCAAGUUACCAUGUCUGCAAGUAGGGCGAACAGGAAUGAAGUCACACCUGCCCAUAAACAACUAAACUAAACUUACACUUACUUCCUUUGUCCUCAUGCCCCUACCAUUUAUUGGUCUGUCAGGCAUGCCAACUUUGAAGAAAGUUAUGAUCCAUUUUUUUAUGGUCAUUAAAUUUGCAGAACUGAAGGCAGUAUUUAACGUCUUUAUCAAAUAAAGCAAAUCAUUACACUUUAGUCUUCUAGGAUUAAUCAUUUUGGUUCAUUUUGGGAAUCAUUCUUCCCAUAAUCACUAAAUGGCCCUCCUUAACUUAACACGUGGGACUACUGUUACAGUGUGAUUUUAUUAAACAUAUUUUAAUGUAAUUCACCUGUCAAAACAAUAGAAAAUUAACAAACUCCUUAGAUUAGUGUGAACUACUAAAGAUAAGUUUAAGAGGGAAAUGGAAUUCAUAAUACACCUGUUAUUUAUUAUGAGCAAUAUUUUAAUAUGAAAAUUUUAUAUAUAAAAAUGCUAUUUUAGGUACCUUUCCAUUCUCUUUAUAAAUGUGUAUUUGAAUGCCUCUGUAUAUUUACACUUUUCCUGUGUGAGUAUGUUCAUCCAUAUUUCAGAUCACUGCAUUUUAUUCUCUUAAUGCGCUCUUUUUAAAAACUAUUAUCUUGUUUUCCAAAGAUAAAUGUAUUUUGGAGUAGAAAUCUAUCUAGUUGUUUUGACUUCUAAUAACUCUUAUGAAAGAGGAAUUAAUAACUUUUUAAAGCAAGUAUCCAAGGGAAAAAACAUUAUUUUUUUCUAACAAAAGCACUUCUGAGUUAGUUCAGAAAGAAAAUCUAAUCUAGUUUUCAUAUGUCACCUUGUCUCCGUGGAAGUAAAAGCCUCUUCUACUUCAUCAUUAUUUUCAUUCUAAUGACUUCAGUGUGUUAGGAUUUGGACAGAAUAAGUCUGGCCUCACUUCCAAGUCAAAUGUAGUAUCUGUCAAAUUUAAUGUGCUACAAAAUUGUUGUCCUGUCUUUGGAAAAGUUUAAAAUCCUUCUUGUGCCACUUUAGAUACAGGUUUGAGAAUCCUUAAACUGUCCACAUUCUCUUACAGGUAUCACUGAAAUUAGUGCCCAAAGAAAGCAUUGUGAGUUAUUUUUCAAAUUUUAGAAUUUACAGGAAGAGAGAAGACUGCUUGAUGCAGAGAAAUAAAACUCUAAUUCAAAAACAUGAACCCGUUUUAAAAGGAUACUCCUGAGAGUUGCCUGUGAUGUUUCCAAAGAAUUCUGAAUUAGUAGGUCAUCUCAAACAGAUAAGUUUUUUAACAAUGUAAUAUAUAGUAAAAGCUAUAACCAAUGCAGAAUUAAAAUGGGCCCCAAGUUCUGUUUUUAGUUGGUGCUUAGAAUGUAUGUAUGUAUGAGGUAAGAUCCUUUGCUUGAAAGAAUCUACAGAAAAGCCCAUUAACUUGGCAGCUUCAUGCAUAAAGAUAUGAAUGACUUCUAUCUUAAAUCUGGCAGCCUGCCCUGGCUUAGGUCAGAUUUUAGUCUUGAACACAAACAGUAUUUGACUAAGCAAAGAAAUGCCUCAAUAUAAUUGAAAAUAACUUUUUGUAAUGCUAAGAUGUGUUAAAUUUGCCUGAGAGUAUUAAUUGAUAUCUCAAUUGAUUUUGUUUUAAGUAUGAUAUAACUGUUUUGGGAGCUUUUGAAAAAUGUUUUCAAUUUCUCUCGAUUUUUUUGAGUCAUCCAAAAUGAAUUUAAAAUCCAGGGAGUGGGGAUACAUUGCCUUAGUUUUGAUAAGCUUUAAACUGAAUGUGUGCAAUAUCAGAAUCUUUAUAAAUUUACAGGUUGAAUAAAGACAUAUCCUGAUGAUGCCAGUAAAUAUCUUAGGAAGUGCUUAGUUGUUAGGUCACAUUUUUUUAAUUUGACUUUACUCUUUUUGGCACAAAUCAUCAAGAAUGUUACUAGCCAGUGUGCUUCUAUUUAGAUCACUUAGAGAGAGUCAUAAAAGUUUGGGAUAUGUUGCAUUUGGUAUCAGUAGUAGCAUAUUUCUAGAGUAUGAGCCAUAUGGUGCAGUCCUAAGUGCAACAGUGUUAAUCCAAAGAAAAGUGUUUGCUUUGUUUCUGGCAAAUAUGUAGCUUUACUAAUGAGUUUGGAACAAUUGGGUGGUUGUGCAUGUACUAAGGAGGUCUUAAUUGGGGAUUCUGAUUUAUUCCAUUUAGAUACUUCUACCUAAGCUCUUCAAGGAAAGGUGCUGUUAAAAAAAAAAAAAAAUACCUGUGGUGCUGGUACUCACAUUAGUACUUUAUUUGGGUGGAAAUUGCAGUAAAAUAAUUUUCUUGAAGGAUUCUGCACAGCAGUUUAUCCAGCUAUUUGGUAAACUUUGACUCCUAUGUUACUUUUCUUGAUUGAAUAUGCAAUUAUUGUAAAUGCUAAAAUAAGGGACAGAAUUAAGUUCUAUCUUGAGAGAACAUGAAAUACUACAAAUACCGGUUACUAUACUUGGCUAUUCUGUAUAGUUAGUACUUUUUGAGGAAGGUUAGAAGAAAAUCUCAUCUAUAUCAGUUUCAAAAACAGGAAAAGGGAGAAGACUGCCAGUCAGCUCUUACUAACCUUUUCAGAACUUAUAUGAUUAAGGGGAGUGAAAUAAGAUUAAUAUUUUUUCUUGUUAGAUUUCAUAGUUAGACGAAUUGGGUUUUAAAAAAUCAAUUUGAAGUCAAAAGCGAUUUUGAUCACAAGAUUGUUCACUUUGAAGAUUAAAGUCUUCAAAUUUGUUCAGACUUUUAAUUAAGCUAAAAAUCUAUUUUAAUUUCAGAUUAUCAUCCUUUGAUCGUAGCAUUUAAUAUCUGAAUUAGACUCUGUCUCUUUUUUUUAAAGGCACACACUUAGGACACCAGUACUAGGUGAUGCAGAAUACAGAAUAGGGUUUUGUUCUAUUGCGUAGUUUCUUAAUGUUGGAGCAAAGAAAUGUUCUUAGUUCUUCAAAUUUUAAUGCUCAUUUCACCACAAAGUGCCCAUUUUUAUAUACACUUGAGAAUUAUUUUUAAAAUAAUAUGUUCAUGUUGCAAAGUGAUUUUAAAAAUCUGGUCAAAAUAUAUUCUAUUUUGUUGGCAUCUCAACAGGCAUCUUGAGAUUUCUUGGGUUUUUCCGUGUGAUCACAUUCUUUACCACUGAAAAUGGCUUUUAAAGUGCUUUUUCUGUGAAUAUAUUUUUUACCUUGGUGUUUACACUGUAGAGGCUUGUCAAUUUUUGCUGUUUUUUUUUUUUAAUUAAUUUUUGAGGAUCUAUUUGUGUGUUAAUGUUUACCAGUUUGGAUUUUAUUUUGUUCUAGAAGAAAUCUGCUUGUGUUAUUAAAUAUUGUAAAAUACACUCAAAUAUAUAUGCUCUAAACUGAAGAACUUUUAAAGAAUAAAUUAUUUGUGUAGUUUAGAAGGUUUAGUUGGUGACCAUAAGAUUAGGUUGUGACAUGAAAAUUUUCAAAUGGUACAGUGUAAAAGUUCUUAUAGUGGUUUUGUGGGUUUUUUUUGUUUUUUUGGGGGUUUUUUUCUGAUAUACUCACAGGUAUUGCUUAGGCUAAUGCAAGAAAGCUGAGUAUCUUUAAGUACUUAAUAAAAAGUUCACAAAAUUUUUUAAAGAUCUUUUGUUGAGAUGCAGCUGUAAAAGCAAGGGUGAUUGAUUUCAUUUCAGUGUUUAAUUGCAUUUUUAACUUUGGGUUAGUGGAAAUAAUUAUUUGAGGAAAUUUGUGGUGAAAAUCAGUAAGAUAAAACCUUCAACUGGUUAUUCUUGCCACAUUAAGUUUUGUGGUGGAAGGGUGGGAAAUGUAUUUAUGAGAAUAAUAAGGUAAUAGGACUAUAGCACAAGCAAAAGGGAUCUUGGAGGAGGGCUCUACUGUGGGAUAACGAGGUCUUGUCCUACAUGUCAGCGCUUGCAUUCACUUCUUCCCUUCCUAACUGCUCGUGUUAGAAUUCAGUCUAACCCCGUAAGCAGCUUGGUCACCUUGCUAUGAAUCAAUCAUAGCAAGUCUCUGGCGUUAUGAUUGUUCUUAGCACGUAGUUUGUAACACAUUCCUUUUUAGUUUUUAAAAAGGGUCCAGAUGACUAAUGCAUCUUAAUAAUACUGAAUUAGUACAUAAUUUUAAGCUUACCAAAGUAAAACAAAAAAGUCAUGAAGAUGAAUAUUGUGCCCCUGCUCCCCAAAAAAGGGUUAGUUGAAUUUCCCUCAACUGCACACCCCUAAAAGGAAUUUUAGUAAAUGUGGGUUUUUUCCCAAACAUGUAGAAUGUCCAUUUCCAUUCUGCUGCCUCCCAAAGAGGCAAUUUAAAGAGUGUUCAGUAGUGACUUGUGUUAAAUGCUUUCAUCCCUACUUUUACAGGUUGUAUGUGUGUGUUAACCUUAUUUUAAAUCUGAGUAGCCUAUGCUAUGGUCAUUGAAAUUAUAGUCUUUUUGCUGUUAGAAAUUUAUUUUACAAAAUUGUGCUAGCAUCUUUGGGAAAAGAAAAUGAAACUGCAGUGGUGGAAAACAAGUUGGUUUUGAGAGUUUUAGACAUUACUUGGCUAUUUUUUCUUUUAAAACUGCAAUAAUUUAUAUAUUUGUAUUGUUCUGCCUUGAACUGUAACUACAUAUGCUUGUCUAUUUUUAAUUUUACAACAAUAAAAUAAAUAUUUUGUUAUCUGUUA